AUUAAUUGAACACGACAUUUAAUUAUGCAAACCCCAGAAUAAAUUAAAGUGGAAUCAAAAACAUGGAAAACAAUAUAUCCUCCUUAUAUUGAUUCAACAUUAACUACAUCAUAAGGUAUUCAUCUAAAAUCUAGUAUUAAGGCAGACGAUUAGGCAAAAGUAAUUGUAUUCCUCAUCCAUAAUUAAUGGAAAUAUCUUAAUGUUUAAGCUCACUUGGACUUAGACAUGUAAUUGAUGUACACAAUUCAUUUAAUUAAGUAACAUGCAGGAUUUCCAAGAGAUAUAUUCAAAUAAGGAAGAAUUAAAGUUCGUCUACUUGCAGAAGAUAAAAAACCAUACAAUCCAUAGAUUAAAUGCAGUACUAUAAUCUUAUUAAAUUCAGAACAUACUCUAUUAUAAUAUAUUGCAAAAAUGAUUAAGUCAAUACCAAAUAGAAAAGUUGAAGUUCCUCCCUAUCUUGCGUAAAUGGAAGUUGAAAAAUAGAAUAAGCCUCCUUAAAAAAAAUAAACUUCAAGUAAAAAAAAACAUAAAAAUGCAUGAGA